GACAUGACAGGGGAUGAAGAUUGGAGAAGAAAUGCAGACACCCACAAGAUGAGUCCUGAAGAAGUGAAGAAAGCGGGUGUGGAGGGGUCCAGGAGGCCACCAGGCCACCAUCCUGGUGACGUGCUACACCAGAGACGCAGUCUACCGUUCAGCACCCCCAUUAUGGCAGCUGCCGGCUUUCUCAUCGUUGCUACGGUUGGAUACUUAACCUUAUAUGCUAAGAAAAAGCCUGAAGCUGACGCCCUUGAUGUUGCCAGGGUGUCUGCUAAUGUAGCGAGGCCAGAGGAUACGCAUCCUAGGAAGUAGUCUGUUUUGUAAGUUACAAUAUGUA